AAUUGCUCGGGUGUAUAAAUGUCGGAGUAACUUCCCUUUGACAGCACACUCUAUUGAGUGCUUUGUUAUUCUAAACUUACAUGCAGGACCCUAGGCGAUUUUCACCGACAUUCCAAUCACCUAGCCUAUUGUACUGAUAAGAAGCGAAAUUUUGUCAAUAUCAGGUGGAUAUGAAUUGUAAAAAAGAAAACAAAACAAAAAACAAGUACAUGUAGGAACACUCGCCGUGUACGCUAUUGUCAUCGCCGUUCAUACGUGAGAAUUUAUUGAUUGUCUUUUGAAAUACUGAAAAUAAUUUGGAAGGGAAAUCAUAGGAUCACAUAUUUUAUUUACGCUAGGGUGUCUGCUAUUUCCGUGACGCUGAAUGGUUAUCGUGACAUUUCCCUGGUAGAAUAGCUAUAUUGAUAAUAUAGCAUUGUAAUACGGACAAUGCUACAAUUAUAAUUAUAGAUUUUUUCCGCAACAUGUGUGUAUUUGUGAUAGACAAUGAAUCGAUAGAAAAGUGAAACCCAUCACAGCAUUGUACCCCGUGCGCUAACUACAACGUGCGCUGGAUUUCAUUGCGGAUAUGGUAAAACAUGUCACGUGUGGUAGUAAAAGAUCACGAGUUUUGCUGUACCGUAUAUAGAUGUUUGCGACACUCUUUGGAACUGAUAGACUUUCAGUGUGUAAUUGUGAAUUUAUUAAAACAUGCAUAAUAUAUUAUAUUUACAAUAUAGAGAUGAAUUGUUACAUGCAUAUUCCAAGUACACGCCGUAUUCAGCAAAGUAAAAAAAAAAAAGAACAGGCUUUAUAAAGCAUUGAUUUUACUAGCAGAUGUAUGUGGGAUUUCACUAGAUCUAGAUCUUGAACACACACAUGUUGCCGUUGGCAAUUUCUUCGAUCUUUUGAUCGUGUAUAAAAAAAGAAGAAGAAGAAAUUAUCUAUUUUUCAUGUUGAAUAAUUUCGCUAACAUGCUAUUCUAUAAUUUAUCUUAUUACUAAAGUGUAUAUUAUAUUUGAUCAAUUUAUAAGUAGGCAAUGUGUUGUUGUUUUCCUAUCUAUGAAAAGUGUCAUUAAUAUUCGAGGUGUAUUCAGGGGCGGGUCGAUCAUUCAGAGGUAGGGGUUGUCGAUCAAAAAAGGCAGGGUUGAGGUGGAUACCAUCUUGAGGCGAAUCCCCCAAAAGCCCCUGUUUUUUGUUGGGUUUUUUUUUGGGGGGGGGUCUAUUUAAAAACAAGAGGGGUGGGGUGUCCUCCCUAUCAGUAGUCUCCAGCAGAAAGGAAUGCACCAAUUUAGAGUUAUCUCGCAUUUUACAUGUUCAGUUUACUCGCACAACUUUUGCAUGUACAGACAUCAAAUUAGAGUAUCUCUCUAUGUACAAUGGGAUGGGACUGAUGUGUCUCCAGUUUGGUGUCUGUGUUUACAAUAAGCACUUUAUAACACUCUUCACUUUCUCUUUGCAGUCGAAAUCGGAUGAUGAAUUUGAGAUAAUAGAAAUGCAGACAUGUAAAGGCACUGAUGAAGACGGGUUUGAGAUGAUUGACAUCAAAAAGCCGAAGUCUCCUAGACCACACAUCACAAGAUCUAAAAACAACAACGAAUCCAGUCAUAAUGAUAAUAUAGAACUUUUACAUGAAAGACGAGACAAGUUAUCAAAUUUGGCAGCUUCUUCUGAAAAUCUUGCUAAUAAGACGCAACAAUAUCGAGAUAAUAUGGAAGCGGUGAACAAGACUUUAGCCAGACGCUACAGGCUUUCUAACCGCCGCCUCACCAUAGCUAUAAUAGCUAUUACCGUGUGUGUAGUGAUAGCGGUAGUAGUAGCGGUAAUCUUGUUUACAAACAAGUCGUAGCGCUAGUAUCGUUCGAUCACCAUGGCCUCUCCUUGCCUUCUUGAGCUGUAAAUAAGAAAUAUUAAAGAUUUUGUUUUUGUUUUGUUUUUUUACAAUUGUAUCUGGGGGAGUGCGGUUUGAAUGAAGCUAUCUCACGAGAUGUUAAUAUAAGGGACAUUUGAAAAUAAAAUCUGUAAUUUGCCACUGUGUUAAUAUGAAAUAUUCGGUCGAGGACAAAAUUCACCAAAGGGUCACCAUGAGCGAUGUUUUAGAUGCGAAAGUGCGAGUGUGGAUUACGUGAUCAUACUUUUUUCUUGCAUCAUUGAUUGUGGUAUUAAGUCGCUUUGUGUAAAAACGAUAUAUUGGCGAAGAAAUUAUUGUAUAAAAACGUAUUUUAAAAAAACUAGCAUUGUAAUAUUUCAGGUUGCUUUGUAAUGCUUUUUUGGGGUUUAUUAUGCAAUAUGUAUAUACAUAUCCAUGUUUUUUUAAAUCUUGUUUUUAAGUGUUUGGUGUGUUUUUUACAAUCAGUGCAAUACAAAUAUUUGAAUGUUUAAA